GGUCCCCAGGAACCCAUCCAGGGGGCAGCAGCCCCAGGGCUGUGCUCCUCCAGCACUCAGCCGGGUCACUGCUGCUCACCAGCACUGAUGUUAGCACAGCACUCUUAAUAUCCCAUUAGAAUUGAGUUUGCUCCUUGUGCUCACAGUGUGGCUGCACAUUCUCCUGUAGGUUAGUUUAUAAAUGCAUGUGGCUGCUGUUGUCUUAUUUGCCCUUUUCCCUGAGUGAGCUGUCAGUGCUAUGCUGUGCCUGUGCUGGCCAGGCUGUAAGUAGCCUCUGUGUGAUGUAUCUUCAGUACACACGGGUACUGGGUUCUACUUGGCCAUGGGUCAGCUCCAAUUUGGAAGCAAUAUACUCAUAGUGGUGCUGUGCCCAAGCCCAUGAGCCCAAGGCUAAGCCUUGCUCAUGGCUCCUCUCAUUCAUUUAGGCUGUGUGGCUCCAAGAGCCAGGCUGGUUCACAUCUGCCCAGCUCAGGCUCUGCCUGUGUGUGGCCGUGGCAACGCACUUGGAAUCCAUUUAUUUAUUUAGUGUCCCCUUUGGAGAUGGAAUCAGUUAAAGCCAUGUGGAAACAGUGUUUGUACAAAUCCACAGUGGGGAGCAGUGCCUGUGGGCCUCGUUUGGAGGGGAGAGGAGAAGGGACAGAGCAGGAGGGCCACUGCAGGCUGUCUGCAGCCUCAGCACAUGGGCAGGGCUUGGUGCUUAAAGGCUGCUGCUGUCCUUCUGAAACGGCCCAAUGGGAGCAGCGCCUAUCUUUGUGCUGUCUGCACACUUGUCUCUAGCGUGUGGUACGCCUUACAUUAAAACCUUUCAGUGUAUUAUACAACAGUUUUCCUGUGCAAGUGUGUUUUAAAUAAACCUGGUGUUGUCUGUUUGGCCGCUUCUUUGGCACUGCAAAGAGACCAGGUUUUAAUGAGCAAGGAGCUAGUGUAGAAGAGACCUGCUGAAAAAUAAAGGUCUUGGGGCCAUAGAGCUGCUAGGAGUCAGAGUACAGUCCCAGCUGGCCUGGCUAACUGGUGGCAUACAUGGAGACUGAUGGGGAGAUUGUAGAAACAGAGCAUGGUUGGGUUAGAAGGGUCCUUAGAGCCCCCCACAGCCUUUGCCCUGGGCUGGUUGCCCCCACCAGAUCAGGCUGUGCAGGGCCCCAUCCAUGGCGUGGAGCGUUGCCAGGGAAGAGACACACACAGCUUUUCUUCUGCAGCACUUAGGAAGAGGAUGCAGACACCAGGAAAACAAAACACUGGAGCACAAAACUUCAGAAAUGAAAUCAAUGAGGUUCCUUUUUUUGAUGUCCAUCUGCCAUAUGAACUGGCAUUGAAGAUAUUUCAGUAUCUGGGAAAGGCUGAACUGGGAAAGUGUGCUCAGGUCAGCAGAACAUGGAAAGUGCUCGCAGAAGAUGAAGUGCUGUGGUACCGACUGUGCCAACAGGAAGGAUACCUGUUGGAUGUGAGCAUCUCUGAUCGGCCCUGCUGGAAACUCGCCCUGAAGGACUGCCGUGCCAAAGAGCGCGCUCUGCGAACCAACUGGAAGAACCGCAGUGGUGCUGUGAGUCAGCUGCAGUAUGAGCUGGGAAAAGUCCUGUGUGAUGUACAUUCUUGUGAUGGAGUUGUUAUUGCUGGAUACACGUCGGGGGAAGUGAGGCUGUGGGACACGCGCACCUGGGACUACACAGCCCCCAUCCUGGAACCAGCGCACGGUCCUGGUGAUGCUGGACCUCAGCCACAUGUCUCCUUUGUGAGGAUAAACAGCUCUCUGGCUGUAGCAGCUUAUGAGGACGGCACUGUGAGUGUUUGGAGCCUGAUGAUAGGGCGUGAGCCGAUCCAUCGCUACCAGCAUAACCAGAGGAUACAGGCUUUAGCUCUGGGUUCCAAGGGUGCAACAGUAGCAACAGCAUCUGGCUUUGAGGUCAAGGUGGAAAGCCCUGAUGACAGGGGAUUCUGGCAAACUACAGGAACAUUUGAAAUCCAGAAAUUGGUGAACUUCCUUCAUCUGGUUCCAGAGGUUUGGGACAGUCCAGUGGCAGUAGCAGCUGCAGAAGAUGUUGUCUAUCUCCUGAAAGGAGAAGACCCUGGGAAAAUCCUCCAUUCUGUCUAUGGUCAGCCUGUCACGUGUCUUGACGUCUCUGCUCAUGAAGCAGCCUUUGGGGUCAAAGGCUUUGGCUGGAUGCUGAAUGAGCCCAACCAGGUUCUUCUUUACAACCUGGAAACGAGUCAGUGUCUAAAGAAGCUAGGCAACUCCAUGGGUGACUUUACAUGUGUCAACCUCCAGGACAGUCCUCCAAACAUGCUCGUUACAGGCAAUAAAGACAGAAGGGUCAGAGUGUACGACCUCCGCAGAAGCACAGCGCUGUGCUCCCUCUAUGCUCACCGGCUGGGGGUGUCUGCAGUGCAGAUGGACGACUGGAAGAUCGUCAGCGGGGGAGAAGAUGGGUUGGUGUGUGUGUGGGACCAGCGGAUGGGCACCAAGCUCUGGGAGAUGCACGCCAGGCAUCCAGUGCGCUAUGUAUGGUUUAAUUCUCAUAGCCUCAUCACUGCCAACAUCCCUGAUGAGAAAACUCCCCGUGGUGCCAGCAUCAUGGACGACGACCUCACUGCACACCGCAGGCAUCGAGGAAUCAUUUAUGCCUACGAGUUCUCCGUGGACCAGCUGGCUGUAGAGAGCGUCCUCCCCAUCUGCCGCUCUUCCUACGACGAGGUGAUGGGUUACAACUACAACAUCGGCCUUGCGGUGCCCUACGAUCACAUCUAGGCAGCUCACCUGGCUCAGCACUCUGCCACAUCACAGGGCGAUUCAGAGCAGCCGAGCACCAGCAGGAGUGGUUGGCUGCAGGUGCAUGGGGAGCGCUGAGCUGUAGCUGAAAACACGGGGCUGUGAACCACAGCGCAGCAGGGCUGCCCUCGAGCUUAUUGCUAGGACAUGUCCUGCCAAUGGCCACAGAUCCUCUGUGGAGGAACAGAGACUGGAGGAUGAGGGGGAGCCGCGCGCUUCGCUGCGAGCAGAAGUGUUCUGUCCUGCUGCCUGUGGGAGGAGUGCUGCAGGUCCCAUCUCGGCACAGGGCGUGGGCUGCUCGGGAAGCAGGAACCCGGGUGGCAAACUGCUGAGAUGGGGGAGAGCAGCGGGGAGAGCACAGCCUGCAGGUGCCUCUCCUGGGGGAGGAAAAAUGGGAUAUGGAGAAAGCAGCUUGCUGAGCCCAUGUGUCCGACAUUGCUUUCCUUAUAAUGAGCUGCUCGCUGUCCUUUGAGUGCAUCAGGAUGUGUCUAGAAACAGGCACGAGCACUGCAGAUGAUGGAGUCUGGGAGAGGGGAGGCUGACGGGGAGGUGAAGGUUGGCCGUGUCCGGCCUGGAUGACUGGAAACCCGCAGCAAGUCACACACAUCAAAACGGUUUUAAAAUGAAUUAUUUUUUUUUAAUUCUCUACAA